AUGUCAGACCGAGUGGCUGCUUUCGUGCGGGUCUCAGGCCCGCCGAAUAGCAGCUUUCUAGUUGGAUACCCCGGCAUAUCGGCCACACUGCCGCGCAUCGAGGGCAAAGUCGAGAUAAGACCACAGCAAGGAUACUCCGCCCCCGUCGCCAUCUCCCUGGUCCGAAUAUGCCUGCAGCGAAGAGAAACAAUCCACCCGACCGCGGAAAACAUGGCCAAGCGACAUCUAGGGACCCCUCGACGCGAAGCAACCGAUGUUGUUGGCAAAGAGCUCCUCUUAUAUCGAUGCGCAUCCGGUCGGGAAGCCGAGAAUGUUAUGGCCAUGGACCUACCAUUCGUGCUGUUCAUCCCAUUCGGACGAGGCGGCGAGGAGACAAAUCGGAGGAUACCGCCGGCGUCAUUGCAGCUUCCUAGUAGGACGGCAGAGACGUAUUACGAGCUGGUAGUCACGGUGCAGCAAGGACAGAGCGUGCAGAACAAAUAUGCUUUCCCCGUCCCCCUGCAGAGAUACGACACCCUGUCGACCUUUGGAAUGUACAACCGGCCCGAGACCAAGAUUGCGACCGCCGACAACAUAGUGACGCUGGGCAUUUCGCUACCGAGAUGGAGCUACGGCCCUAUGGACCCUAUAACAGUAUAUAUAAAGCUAGCGCCGAAUCUCGACUGGAUGGCCAAGGCGAGGAAGGUCACCAUACAGAAAAUCACACUUGCGAUUGAGGAGGAGAUCACCUAUAACCCUGAAGGCGACGAGCCAACCAAGAAGAUAAACAGGCUGCAGAAACACGUCCAAAGUGUCCAGAGCAAACUACCAGAAGCUGGCUAUGUGACAAACAUGGGCGUCAUAUUCCCGCACAAAGAUCUGCGCGAUGCAAACGGAAUCAUUCGAAGAGGGCAGCCGGCGUUCCCCAAUUACGAGGUCACAUCCUUCACGACAUCUUCGACACUUUACAAAAUCGAGUUCUUCCUUAGUAUAAAGGCCUCCAUGACCAACGCGCGCGAUAUUACCCUCCGACAACCCAUCGUUAUCUGCCCCAUAGACCACCAAGCCUGCAAAGAGGAGAUGGAUGCUAUUGAGCAGUCGGCGAAAGACGCCUCAUCGGUGGACCAGACCAACCCGAUGUUGCCCGCUAGGAAUAUUGUGCUGGCCAAUGACCCCAAUGCCCUGGCAACAUUAGGGCUAUGUCUGGUAGGUGGGCAGAAGAAACCACUGAUCGAAUGA